GAUUAUUCGAUUUGGUAUAACUAUAACCUUUUCCAGAAACAGCUGUCUUACUGACAUAACUGACUGGGAGAAAUUUAAGAAAAACAGCGAAAUUCUAGCCGCAUCGCAAUGGAAUACAUGCAAUACGAGAAUAUCUGGAUCACCAAGUCAAUUUACGAGGAUGCAGAGACGAAGUAUUAUGAAAACUUGGCAAAGGCAUCCGUAACACCUUUGGCGGGUGAAGUUGCCAAGGCGAGACAACUUCUUAUUGAAAGUAGGGAUUCUUUUAAAGAUGCCCCUGUAUCCGAGACUCACUCCACCGACCACGGCGCGAUCAAAUUUUUUGAGAAAAAAGCGGUCGAAUUUGAAAAAACUAUUAACGCGAUCGUGGAGAGUAUAAAACAGCUAGAAUUGCGUUUGUCCAAAGUCGAAAAGAGCGCCACUUGCGCUGCACCUGCACAGGCAGCUAAGGCAGCCCCUGUCAAGGCCGACGACGACGAUGAUGUGGAUCUGUUUGGUUCUGAAUCUGAGGAGGAAAAUGAGGCAGCCGCUAAACUGCGAGAGGAGCGACUCGCCGCCUACAACGCGAAAAAAUCCAAAAAGCCGGCUUUAAUCGCAAAAUCAAAUGUGAUUCUCGACGUGAAACCCUGGGAUGAUGAAACCGACAUGAAACAGCUUGAGAAGGAAGUCAGGAAGAUUUCGUCCGACGGUCUUCUAUGGGGCGCCGCCAAACUCGUCCCUUUGGCUUACGGCAUCCACAAAUUACAAAUUUCCUGCGUGGUUGAAGACGAGAAAAUCUCAAUUGAUUGGCUACAGGACGAGAUCACAGCCAUUGAAGACUACGUUCAAAGUGUAGACAUUGCUGCCUUCAACAAGAUUUAAGCAACCCCUUGUACUUUUUUUAUUUAAAAAUAAAGUGGCCCCAUGUUUCAUUUCCAAAUAAAUAGUUAAUUUUU